AUGGACACCGCUACUAUCGCCUCGACGUCUUCUGGCAAGACAGUGGUUCACGAUAACGAACAUGGUCACGACCCGGAGCAUGAGUUCAGGAAAGAGCGCUAUGUUGCAGAUGUGGGAGUGCCUGAGCUACUGCAUUUUGAGCUAGAUCCCAAGCCGCAGGGGUACUAUACUCGCUAUCCCAACGGCUGGUCGAGAAUAAGAGAGUACAUACGAGAGCCUGCGGCGGAAGCCUUGGGCACCUUUAUUCUCUGCCUCGUCGGUGUCGGCGUCAAUCUACAGGUCGGACUAAGCUCGAAUACGGAGAUUGCUCCCUCAGCACGCGGGGAUUACUUGUCGAACUCUUUUGGAUGGGCUCUUGGCGCAGCAUGCGGUGUCUGGAUCUCGGGUGGUGUUUCUGGAGGGCAUAUCAACCCCGUUGUAACUUUGUGUAUGGCUAUCUUCCGGUCUUUCCCCUGGAAGAAAGUGCCAGGCUAUGUCCUCGCUCAAGUCCUAGGCGCCUUCUUGGGUUCCUUAGUUGCGUAUGGAAACUACUUCCACGCAAUCGAUCUCGUUGAAGGCUCCGGGGUGCGCACAGUCCCGGGAACUGCGUCGUUCUUCACAAGCUAUGCGCUCGACUACGUUAGCGACUUAAACUGCUUCUGGGACGAGUUCAUCUGCUCCUUCAUCUUGCUCUUGGUCGUCUUCGCCGUGACCGAUCGCAACAAUGGACCACCGCCUGCCGGUCUCGUGCCGUUGGCCAUCUUCUCCGCAAUGUUCAUCAUCAUCGCUGGCUUCGGUCUGCAGACAUCCUUCGCCAUCAACCCCGCGCGCGACCUAGGUGUCAGGAUCAUGACUGCGCUUGUUGGCUACGGCGAACCGGUAUGGAGCUAUCGCAGGCAGUUCUGGUUAUGGUGUUGCAUAUGCGGUCCUUUAGCCGGUGGACUGGUCGCCGCCUUCGUCUACGAGGCAUUGAUAGCUACCGGCGAGGAUAGUCUUCUCAAUCGGCCGAGUCGAGCCGCGCGCCAAUGGACGCGUGCUCAGGAGCUUGCCCGCGAACGGCUGGCGGCUUCACGAAGCGUAGUAGAGGCGGGACAGAUAGUGUAA